CACUGAUUGGCAUCACUCAUAGGCGGCACUGACUGACACUGAUAGUGGCACUGACUGGCACUGAUAGGUGGCACUGAAAGGCAGCUCAGAUGGGCACUGAUAUGUGGCAUUGAUGUAGGCACUGGUAGGCACUGUUAUGGACACUGCAUUGAUGGGGGCAAUGACAGAUGGCAUUGAUGGACAUGGACAGGUGGCGCUGAUGGGGCUAACACUGAUCAUCACGUGGGCACACAUGAUCAUCAGUGUCCCUGAUGGAGCUGUGUUGCAGAUCGUGACAGUUCGUGAACUGAGAGAAAUGCCGAUAACCGGCAUUUCCUUAUUUGACAUGCGAUCAGCUGUGAUUGGAACACAG